AUGGAUGCAAUUUAUGAUGCAAUUGAUAAUUAUAAAAUUGGAUUAUUUGAGAGUCCAACUGGAACAGGUAAAACGUUGUCUUUAAUUUGUUCGUCAAUGACAUGGCUACGUCAACACAAGAAGAAUUCGACAUUUCAUGAAGCUGAGGAAUCCGACUCUGAGGACGAGCCAGAGUGGGUUAAAGAGGCUUACCAAAAGACUAUUGCAAAUAGGUCAAAAAUACCGGCCCAAGAAUAUGAGACGUACUUAGAUGGUUUACUGAAAAACUAUGAUGGUUCAAAAGUGACUGAAUUACCAGAAAAGAGGAUAAAGAGACACAAGUCUGAACAGGAGCAGGAUGAAAGUUUUGUGCCGGCAGAUUAUUAUAGUGAUUCUGAGUUGGAUUCGAAAUAUGAGAACGAUAAAUUAGCUUCAGAGAUAAAUGAGCUAUUAUCCCGGGUGGAAGGCCCCAAAGAAACAAUUGAGCCAGUAAAUAAUUGUCCCGUCAAGAUUUUCUUUUCCUCGAGAACUCAUUCUCAGUUGAGCCAAUUUUCUCAUCAAUUGAAUAUGACAGAGUUUGAAACAUCAUUAGAUAAUAUUCCAGAAAGAAUAAAGUUUUCUCCUUUAGCAUCAAGAAAGCAAUUAUGCAUACAUCCUAAGAUUUCAAGGCUUUCUAACGUUUCAAGUAUUAACGAUGCGUGCAUCGACUUGCAACAAAGUACAACAAAUAGUUGUGAAUAUAUCCCAAAGCUCCACAAUACUCAAUCGGAAGAGCUAGUCAAGAAGUUUUCUGAUCUCAGCUUUACAAAAAUUCAUGAUAUUGAAGACUUGGGAAAAUUGGGUAAUAAUUUGAAAAUAUGCCCUUACUAUUCGGUUAGAAAAGGGAUCGAUAUUACCGAGAUCAUAGCAUUGCCAUAUCAAAUGUUACUCCAAGAUUCUACUAGACUGGCACUUAACUUAAACUUAGAUGAUUCUAUUAUAAUUAUUGAUGAAGCUCAUAAUUUGUUGGAUGUUAUUAGUUCUAUGUAUUCAGUUUCUAUUACUGGAAAUGAACUCUCAGAUAUCACAAAAUCUUUGAAAUUUUACUUGAAUAAAUUCAUCAAAAAAUUGAACAGUGGGAAUAGAAUAAAUAUAAUGAAAUUAAUAAAAUUAUGCCAGGUUUUGGAUAAGUUCAUUUCCUCCAAUUCGAAGGAUGGAAAGAUCAAGCAUGGCGAAGAGAUUAUCAUAAGCGAUAUUUUUGAAGGUACCACUGGGGAUCUUGUAAAUAUUCACAAGAUAGAGCAAUUCUUAAACAAAUCCAAGAUUGCUUAUAAGAUUGAAAGCUAUAUGGAAAAAGUUAAUGAGUCGCAGUCCACAAGAAGUAAAUCAAACCCGCUUUUAUUUAAAAUAACCAAGUUUUUAAAAAGCUUGACAAAUCCGUCGAAAGAAGGCAAAGUUUUCUGGGAUAAAAAUAAUGGUACGGUUUCUAUUAACUACAUGUUAUUGGAUCCAAGCGAGAUUUUCAGAGAUAUAGUGAAAAGGGCUAGAUGUGUCUUGCUAUGUGGAGGCACAAUGGAACCUAUGAAUGAUUACACUGACUAUUUGUUUCCGUACGUACCAUCCGAGCAAAUAAAAAUGUUUAGCUGUGGUCAUAUUAUACCCCUGGAAAAUUUAAAGGUUUUCCCUAUAGGUAAUUACAAUAAUGUUUCAUUUGAAUUUCUGUUCGAUAAAAGGAACAAUAGUAAAAUGUUAAUUGAACUAGGUAAUGCUAUUUUGAAAAUCACAGAGGUGACACCAGAUGGAAUUGUUAUAUUUUUUCCAAGUUAUAAAUAUCUAAAUGCUGUUAUGAAUGUAUGGAAACAAACGAAGAUAAUUGAAUCUAUAAGCAAACUAAAAGUAAUAUUUCAAGAACCGGAAGAUUCUUCUAAGGUCGAGACAGUUCUUAAUGACUAUUCAAAAGUAAAUAAAUCGGAAAAUCAAGGUGCCUUGUUGUUUUCAGUUGUGGGUGGUAAGAUGUCUGAAGGUAUUAAUUUUUCCGAUGAAUUAGCAAGAGCCGUGAUAAUGAUUGGAUUGCCAUUCCCCAAUAUAUUCUCUGCUGAAUUAAUUGCCAAAAGAAAAUUCAUUGAAGAAUCAACAAUAGCCAAAGGAGGUACGAAAUCACAAGCGAUGGAAAAUGCUAAAAAUUUCUAUGAAAAUAUUUGUAUGAGAGCUGUUAAUCAAAGUAUUGGCAGAAGUAUCAGACAUAAGAAUGAUUAUUCAGUUAUUUAUUUAUUUGACCAAAGGUAUGGGUUGAAUAAAAACCAGGAUAAAUUGAGUGGUUGGGUCAAACAGAAGUUAUUUACUCGAAGCAGAUGCACCGAGUUUAAUCAAGUAGUAGAUGAAACUCGAGAGUUUUUUAGGAAAAAGUCAUUAGGAUAG